GAUAGGCUUUCAGAAAACAUUUAAUUUUGCUUUGAAUCGUGUUUUUUAUUUGCCUUUUAAGAACUGAAGCUCGGUUAAAACUUCUGACGACCCCCGACCGACAAAACUAUGUUACUGUGUUUGGGGCACCUGCAGCCAACUUUUGGUUGAAAACCUAGUGAAAACAAGCUGCCAAGUUACCUGGCAGAGAUCCUCAAUAAGUUUGAAAUUCCAACUUGAAACUAACAGCAAUUAGAGAGACACGCAUUUAAGAGCAUCUGCUAAUGGCCGGAAGCUGAGUAAAAGUUCUACAACUGAGGCAGUAGCAGUUAUUAUGGUGGCAAUACCAGUUCUUUAAUUCCAAUUUGCAAAAUUAUAAAUUUCUAGAACCUUAGAAAAGUCAAAAAAUAUUAGAACAGCAAACUGGCGUAUCCUUACAUCAAUUAUCAUGUUUCGAAUACGGAGCGAAAAAUUCAUCCGAGGUGGUGGAGUGGCGGGGUAGCUGGAGCGAUUUCACAAAGUAUAGUUAUGCCGUUCGAUCUGCUGGAGUCCCAAAUGAUGAUCCUCAAGAAGGAUCGAACAACGUUACAAACCGCUUUUCGACUUAUUAAAAGGCAUGGAUACUUAUCCCUGUACGAUGGCUAUAGUGCUCAGAUGUUGCGGCAAUUAACGUAUACGACAGUGCGAUUUCAUUUAUACGAUAUAGGCAAGCAAUAUGUAGAUGAGUUUAACUUUCUUCACAAGAUAUUUGUGGCAACGGUAUCGGGAAUGUUGGCCGGAAUUAUUGGCAUACCCAGCGAAAUGAUAAACACACGCAUGCAAGUAGAUCGCGAAAUGGGUCCACAGCACAGGCGAAAUUAUAAGCAUGUAUUUGAUGGAUUUCGCAGAGUAGUUCGUGAGGAGGGUUUUAGGGCCCUUUAUACGGGCGGUCUAUUUGCAUGCUCACGUGCCGCUCUUAUAACUAUAGGUCAAAAUGCUAUGUACGAUCAGAGCAAGAUAUUGUUUUUGCGUUAUCUUAAGGUGGAGGAGAAUAGCAAAUGGCUGCACACGAUUAGCUCCCUCGCAGCAGGACUUAUCUGUGUUCCUUUGGUUCAGCCUCUAGAGAUCCUUAAGACAAUGCAAAUGGUGUCAACAUCAACGUUUUUAAGUACACGCUCUGAGAAGACAACCUAUAUGAUGCGUUUUGGCCUAAGAGGACUUUUUCGUGGAUUUACCGCAACUGUGUGUCGCAUGGUACCUAGUACAAUUAUCAUGUUUGUUGCGUAUGAACAGUUACGACUUCAAUUUGGAUAUUAUAAGGAAACUGAUUUGCAAAAUCCAAUAAAUAAAACCACAAAAAUUGUAUAUUACAAGACUGUUUUUGGCUGGCAUGCCGAUUGA